AUGCAUGACAGAGUCGAACAGAUAGAGAAGUUAGUUCUGUCGUUGAGGGAUCGCGAGGGCAACAGUCGCACACAGCAGCCAUCUCUUGUCGCUCAAGCUAUUCAUUCCGCGGAUGCCUCGCAGCUGCCGACGAGCUUUGGCAGGAUCAGCCUAGAAAAUGAAGAGACUAACUACGUUGAAGGUUCACACUGGACGGCCAUUCUGGAGGGAAUUGCCGAGCUGAAGGAUUUCUUCGACGACGCUGAAGUGCCCCAGACGGAUGAAUCAAGUACCAGUCGUCUGGGCACAGACUGGAACUUUCAGUCGCGCAGACCUGCACUUAUCUUCGGAGAUGCUCAGCAUCUCGAUAGAGACGAAAUUCUGGCAUCGCUCCCACCAAGGCCAGAGGUGGAUCGACUCUUAGCCAGCUACUUCAACUCGAAAAAUAUCAAUUCGCUUACCAUUCAUGGUCCGACGUUCCUAGAGGAGUAUGAUACAUUUUGGGAAUGUCCAGCAAAGGCCUCUACCAUGUGGAUUGGUCUGCUGUUCUCCAUGAUAUGCUUGGCAGCGAUGCAUCAGCAGCUCGAAAGACCAGCAUCUGAUCAGCCGGCAUCGCUCGCGCAAGAUUUCCAGGAAUUACAUGGGAUGCAGGUGUACCGUGACCGUGUUGCGCAGUGUCUUGCUCUAGCCGACUACACCAAGUGUAUGCCAUACACUAUUGAGACGCUCUUACAUUACUUGGCGAUUGAAUACCUCAAUGUCACGGACAGCCCGACCAGCGUUUGGAUCUUGCUCGGCAUCACUGUGCAGAUAGCGUCUCGUAUGGGCUAUCAUCGCGAUGGAUCCUAUUCUUCACACUUGUCGCCAUUCCAGGCCGAGAUGCGACGCCGAGCGUGGGCAAUCAUCUUACAAUUGGACUCGGCAGCGGCCGGACAAUAUGGCCUUCCACGAAUGAUCAACACGUCCAAGGUAGAUACUGCCGAACCGCGAGAUCUCAGUGACGACGCCCUUAGCCCCGGAAUGACAGGAUUGCCUCCGGCUCGAACUGACCCCGGGCCGAGCUCUAUUCAAUUCCUAGUCAUGAAAAACCGACUAAUGUCAACCUUCAACCUCAUCAUCGAUCUUAUAAGCUCUCCGAAGCAAGUCGUAUCCUACGAGGAAGUCAUGAAACUGGAUCAGAUCUUAAACGACCAAAUCACAUCCAUGCCGGCCGCGCUACAAAUGCGAUCGAUGAGUCGACAGCUCACGGAUCCCUCGGAUGUGAUUCUGAAUAGAGUGUUUCUCGCUUUGUCCUUCUACAAGUCACGCUGUAUACUGCACCGAGAGUACAUGCUGGCAGGCCGGUCAGAUACUCGGUAUUUAUAUUCUCGCAGGUCAUGUAUCAACGCUGCCUUGGAGAUUCUGCAGAUUCAAGUCACUGUACACGAAGAAUCCCAGCCCGGGCGUCGUCUCUAUCCUCACCGAUGGAUAUCUUGCGCCUUGGUCAAGCAUAUAUUUCUCCUUGCAACCACCAUUCUCAGUGUCGACCUUGACUACAGCCUCCGGGACCGAAAUGGAAACAGUGAAAUCGGGGACGAGUUUACAGACCGCAUCAUUCAAUCAUUGACAAACUCCUAUUUCAUUUGGAGGCAGUCAAGCGACAAGUCCCGAGAAAGCCAGAAGGUGACCGAGAUGCUGCGGAUAGUGCUUGGGAAAGCACGCACGAAGGACGAACAGUCCACGGAGGCAUCUAGCAAUGAUUCUGCUUUGUUUUUGACGGAUCCUUCACCUCUACCAUAUGACCAAUCCUCCUGCACAACGUUUUCAACAGGCCCUCUGCCGUUCGCGAGCGGUCCGCCUUUCUCAAAUCAGCAGCCUCAAAGUACGGGUGUUGCCGAUCACUUGGACAAGGACGUAUGGCUAAAUUAUGAUUGGACUGGGGCAAGUGUUAUGGAUGAUAUUAUCCAGCAGUCCGAAGAUUGGACUGGGUUCCAUGUGCCUUAA